AUAUGGACAACGGCGGCGACGUCGUCAGGCAGCGCAACACACCAGAACAGGCCAGAGCCAGAUGGUUCCAUAUCCAUCCAACUCCGAGCGUGUGUGCUGCCUGCACCAUCACGAACACCGUACGCGAUCGAGCGAGCCGCGCGCCGCCCGCCGCCCGAUGCUUACAAUCCACUCCCCACCGCAUCCGCAUAUGACGCCAUGCGCGGCUGGCACCGCACCUUCCCACCUUCCUCCGCUAGCCCCUAGGCGCUUAUACACAGUAUAAAUCCAGCAACGCACGCGGACGAACGCCGCAGCACGCCAUCGUCUAGUGAUGGAAGAGUUCCAGGAAGCCGACAUGCUGUGGCCGGACGUCGUUGCGCUUGCCCACCACCACCACGACUGCCACCGCUGCCACCGCCCGGCCGAAUCCGCCCACGGCCACCGCCGCCAGCACCCCACUACGGGUCAGCAGCAGCAACCACGCGCCGCGGUCGUCGUCCACCCACCACUACAGUCCCCGCCCGUGCGCAUCCCCUCGAUGCCGCUGGCGCGCCCGCGCAGCUACUACGGCGACGACGACGAUGGCGCGGAAGAAGCGGCGAUCGUGCCGCCGCACGUGCUGGCGGCGGCGAGGCGGUGCGCGGAGGAUCAGCGGAGCGUGGCCUCGUCGGUGUGCGUGGGCCACGGGCGCACGCUCAAGGGCCGCGACCUCCGCGCCGUCCGCAACGCCGUGCUCCACAUGACCGGAUUCCUCAGCAGCUCCGACAAGUACUGACGGACGGCGCGCUAUAGUAGAUUAAAGCAGCGCGCGGUUAGAAUCGUUGUAUUUCAGCAAUCUAAAGUCAGGAAUGGCAGCCGGAUAGUCGUGGGGUUUUUUUGGCAUCCAAUAUAUACUGGAGUUUGAACUUUUUUUUGGCAUGCAGGGUGUAAUUUCUGCGCCACUUGCUACUAGAUGGUAUACAUCCAGAUAGCAAUCUAAUGCUACAAUCAGCAUUGCAAAUUUGCAAUGAAAAAAAAAAGGUUCUUGUCGAACUAUGUUUAUGUCA